AAAGUAUUCUCAUAUCUCUCAACUAUAUUUAAAAAAAAAGAAGUAAAAAGACGAGGAAAAGGAAGAUUGUGAACAAACGAAAAAUAUCGUAAUUAAGCUAUAGCUUAAAUCCAGUUUUCACAGAGGUUACUGAUACCAGCUGGCGAGAAAAUGGCGAUACCUGAGGAAGUUGCACUUCUCGAAGAUUUGGUUAGCGACUCCGUAGACUAUCGUGGAAUUCCCGCCGGCAAGUCUUCCACCGGAGGAUGGAGAUCCGCCUGGUUCAUUAUAGGUGUUGAGGUCGGAGAGAGGUUCGCUUACGUUGGGAUUGCUUGCAAUUUGAUUACUUACCUGACCGGACCGCUCGGACAAUCGACGGCAACCGCUGCCGUGAACGUGAACACGUGGUCGGGAACCGCCUCGACGCUUCCUGUUUUAGGAGCUUUCGUAGCAGACGCUUAUCUCGGUCGUUACCGGACAAUUCUCGGAGCUUCCUUCAUCUACAUACUGGGGCUGGGACUAUUGACCUUUUCGGCUUCCCUAACCAUCAUGGGAUCAUCUGAGCAACGUAACGGCGAUUCCGCUAAACCGUCUUUCUUGGUGAACGUGCUUUUCUUCUUCUCUCUGUAUCUUGUGGCCGUAGGGCAAGGCGGACACAAGCCGUGUGUUCAAGCAUUUGGUGCGGAUCAAUUCGACUCGCAAGAUCCCAAAGAGAGGAUAGCCAGGGGAUCGUUUUUCAACUGGUGGUUCUUCAGUUUAUCCGCGGGAAUAGCCUUGUCGAUCAUUGUGGUGGUGUAUGUUCAAAGCAACGUUAACUGGGCGCUUGGGUUUGGGAUUCCUUGUUUGUCCAUGGUUAUGGCUCUUGCUAUCUUCUUGCUCUGUAGAAAAACUUACAGGUACCCAAAGGGAAAUCCCCAAGAGAGGAACCCAUUCGCAAGAAUCCGUAGGGUUUUCGUCGCGGCGUUCAAGAACCGGAGACUUGAUUUGGACCAAGGUCAAGUGGAGGAUGGUCAGUCUCAAACAUGUGAAAGUCGGCUCGUUGGCAGGGACGUGGAAGACGCGAAGGCUUUGGCAAGACUUAUUCCGAUAUGGAUCACAACGAUGGUGAGCAUGGUUCCUUACGCUCAAUACACCACUUUCUUCACCAAGCAAGGCGUUACCGUCGACAGAAAAAUCUUGCCGGGCUUAGAAAUCCCUCCGGCUUCUUUAUUGUCAGUAAUCGCUAUAUCGGUUCUCGUCUCGGUUCCCAUCUAUGAGCGUGUGUUCCUUCCAAUAGCCAGAUUGAUUACCAAAAGGCCCUUUGGGAUCACAAUGCUCCAGAGAAUAGGAGCCGGUAUGGUCCUCUCGAGCCUCAACAUGGUGCUCGCAGCAUUGGUGGAAGCCAAACGGUUGCGAAUCGCUGAGGAACACGGGCUCAUAGACAAACCGGACGCAACCGUUCCAAUAUCGAUAUGGUGGUUCGUGCCUCAGUAUUUGUUUCUUGGGAUUAUCGACGUGUUCUCUCUGGUCGGUGCACAAGAGUUCUUCUACGACCAGGUCCCGACCGAGCUGAGAAGUAUAGGUCUCGCGUUUUCUUUGAGUGCGAUGGGUCUUUCCAACUUCUUGAGCGGUCUUCUCAUCACGGUGAUUGAUUGGUAUACCGGAAGAGAUGGAGGGGACAGCUGGUUCAACACAAACCUGAACCGAGCUCAUGUAGAUUACUUUUACUGGUUGCUCGCAGGAUUCACCGCCGUUGCUUUCUUGGUGUUCUUGUUCAUUUCCAAGAAGUAUGUGUAUCGUCGGGUGGACCAGGUCGUCUAAGAAUUCAAAAGACAACUUCUGUUGACUUUUUCGUAUCGUUUUUGUGUUUAAAUUAAUAACGUGUUUAUAAUUUGAUUUGUUUUUUUUUUUUGCGUGUCAACAAAAGGAUAUUUGAAAAGUUCAAUAUGAUGUAGAUGUGCCUAUACAAAAACAUAUUUAUCCGAUAUCAUUUGCAUGAGCUAA